AGCCGGGCGGAGGAUGUGGUGACGGUCCCGACCCCGAGGAGGAGGCACAGCUCUACAACGGCUCCGGCGUCGCCGAACUUCUGCGCCCCAUGGGAUCCGCCCCGUGCCUCGUGAAGACCAAGGACUGGUGGACGUAUGAGUUCUGCUAUGGGAAGCACAUCCAACAGUACCACGUGGAAGAGUCGGAGAUCAAAGGAGACAUCCUCUUCCUCGGCUACUACCAGUCGGCGUUUGACUGGGACGACGAGACAGCCAAGGCCUCCAAGCAGCACCGGCUAAAGCGGUACCACAGCCAGAGCUACGUGAACGGCUCCCGGUGUGACCUCACCGGCCGAGCCAGGAGGCUCCCACCCCAGUUCCUCUGCGAGGAGGGGGCCGGCGACUACAUUGCCCGGGUGGACGAGCCGCAGUCCUGCUCCUACGUCCUGACCGUCCACACCACCCGCAUCUGCCACCACCCCUUCCUGCGCCCUCCGUACGUGCAGUACGUCCACGCCCAAGUCUCCGACACCAAGCGGAAGGUGGAGGAGAUCUCGGAGGAGCUCAAGACGUUGGACACGAGGCUGUGGAGCAAGAGGGACGCCGAGACCCCCGCGCAGCCUCCUGAGAGCGUCCCGGCACCACGCGGUGAUGCCACGCCAGGGGACGAGCCAGACCCAGCCAAGGAGGCAGCUUUUUGGGAGCGGGUCCGCGAGGUGACAGGCAAGACUGGUGACCAGCAGGACAGCACUAGGGGGGAGGAGCCAUCCCCAAAGGCAGCCAGUGGCCGGACAGCUGAUACACGGAAGAAAAUCCAUUUCAAAGUGAUCAGGAGCCCUGGGGACCUGCUCCAGUUCAUCGAGGAGCUGAAGGAGAGCACCAAGAAAGCCAAGGAGAAGGUGAGAGAGGAGCAGGAGGAGACGGCAACAGCAGUGAAGGCUCCCCAAGAUGUCCCCGUACCUGAGGAACCCCCAGCAGGUGAGAGGGAGCAACCAGAGGAUGAAGAAGAGGAUGAGGAGGAAGACAGGGACCUUCUGGGUGGCUUUGAGAAGGAGCUGGAGGCUGUUCUGCUGCCCCGGGAGCAGAUGGCCCAGCUGAAGGAGGAGGUGAAGACUGAGAUGGAGAAGGAGUUUGACAACAUCAUCAACGAGGUGGAAGACGAGCUGGAGACAGAGGGGCUGAAGGGGGAGUUUGACCGGAACCAGGCCUCUAAGUCCUUGGCCUCCACCCUCAACCGCCUCAUGGACAAGCUGGAUGGGGCCGACGUGCGGGUGCGGGUGAGCAGGAUCGGACCUGGUGGCGCCCGGCAACAGGACCGGCCCCGCCGGGAGAUGGGGCGGGACAACCCCCAGCUCCACCACAUCGAGAGCGAGGUCCGGGAGCUGCUGGCCAAGGAGGGGCUGCGAGCUGAAG